AUGCCUCCACCGCCUGGUCAUCAAAUUCCCCCGGAAUUGAUUCCUGGCGGCGCACGAAAUGGAGGUCUACAGACAAAUGUGAAUGCGGGGGUGUACGGUGAUGCCUAUCAGAGUCAUUCACCCACAGACAUAACUGAUGCAAAGACUGGUGCUCCCUGGGCCACACCGGCGGCCUCAGGCCCGGAACAAGGCCAACAACAAGAGAAUCGUCCAGGGCGGCCCCAAGAACCCGGAUCUGGUCCAAGAGAGAAGUCUGCGCCUCGAGACAGAUCCCGCCCAAAUGUAGGAAGUGGUUCAAGAAUUUGCCGCAAGUGUGGAGAGUCCCUCUUGGGACAGUUCGUCCGUGCUUUAGGUGGCACAUAUCACUUAGAAUGUUUUCAGUGUCAUGACUGUGGAGAUGUUGUCGCUUCUAAAUUCUUUCCCGUGGAUGCUGAAGAUAAAACAGGACAAUAUCCCCUCUGCGAAACGGACUAUUUCAGACGUCUAAACCUGUUAUGCUUUGAGUGCGGCGGUGCUCUCCGUGGAUCUUACAUUACAGCCCUGGACCGAAAAUAUCAUAUUGAGCAUUUUACCUGUUCUGUUUGUCCCACCAUAUUCGGUGCCCAAGAUAGCUAUUAUGAGCAUGAAAGCAAGGUCUAUUGCCAUUACCACUAUUCGACACGAUUUGCCCAGAGAUGCAACGGAUGUCAGACAGCUAUCCUUAAACAGUUUGUCGAAAUCUUCCGUAAUGGUUCAAACCAGCACUGGCAUCCGGAAUGCUACAUGAUCCACAAAUUCUGGAACGUCCGUUUGGCCCAAAAUGGUGAGCAGUAUGCCCCUCCAGAAUCGGAGCCAAACGCGUCUCAAGAAGUACGUGAGCAUAUCCGAAAAGAAGAGGACGAAAUGGAGGAGAAAGUCUAUCGUAUUUGGAGUGUACUGUCCGCCUUCGAAGAGUCGUCAGCACAGUGCAUUUCAGAUAUGCUGUUGCAUGUCAGCAACGGUGCAUAUGUAGAUGGAGUCGUGGUUGCUAAAAAAUUCAUCUUCCACGUGGAGAUUUUAUUCAAGGCGAUCGAUAGACUUGCUUCUAUUGUUUUGUCUAAUGGCAUUCAAGAUUUCUCAUACGCUAGAGAGGCAAAGCUUCUUUGCAAGAAGAUUGUUGCAUUCUUUGCACUUCUGUCUAAGACUCAAGAAACUGGUGUUCGCAAACUUGGCGUGACUCAGGAGCUGCUCGCACUCGUUACUGGAUUAGCCCACUAUCUCAAACUACUAAUUCGCAUUGGAUUACAGGGUGCUCUAAGACUUGAACGGGAAACCCAGAGUUCACGAGAAAUUUUCAAAUUCCUUGAGCAUGUUGAAGAUCUAGAUGGUAUUGAAAAAAUCACCCCAAGCGGGCUCAAUAGUAAUGUUGAGCGACUGGCAAAUCAAUUGUCCGAUUGCUGCGCUGCCUGCGAAGCGCCAAUUGAUGAUGAGUGCAUUUCGCUGGGAGAGAAAUUAUGGCAUAGGAAGCCAGCCCAUCUUGUAUGUGGAGCUUGCCAUGAUGACCUCACACUAGAUCUAGCCAGAGCUCGUUGGAGCGAGAAAAACGAUAGACCGUUCUGUCGUGUCUGCGCUGAACAAAAAGGUCAUGAUCUUCAGGCUGUGGGUGGGUUCGUCUAUGUGACGAGGCUGCAGCAAUAUAUUUUCUUACUCCGUGUAGCUCUGGCAAGACUGCUAGGUGUUUUGCGAUCAAGUGGAGCCUUGCCUCACACAUCUGAUGACCCGAAUCUCAACCAAUAUGAGGCCAACGAUGGACACAGGCUCUCUUCCACAGGCGAGCUGCAAUCCCCACCCCAGAGGUCCAAUACCAGAUCCAAUUCAUAUGCUGAGAACUCGAUGGAAGCUCUUGGGCAAUCUUCAUUGGAACAAACUGUUGGAGAGAUGAGAAGACUCCGGUCUACCAGGAACGAACGAGCAGUUUCUACAACGUUCAGAAAAGCUCGAACUUCUCGAAUCAUUGAUGGUCCACAGGGAAGCAGUGCUAGACCUGGCUCCUCUGGGGCUGAUGGCGGCGAUUCUCGAAAUUAUGGUUUCCAAAUUGUUGAAGAACGAGAUGUUGAUGGUGAACCAAUUACUGACCUGACAUUCGGAAAUCAAGAUGCAUUGACACUUGAUGAUAUUCCUCGCAUUGUUGCCGCUGAACAGGCCAAGGAAUACCGACCCAAUGCGUUUAAGCAUGCAGGCACCGGACUUGUUGCUUCUGGUAGCCAGGCUCCCAAAAUCAAGCAGGGUCAUCAACGCGAAGUCUCGAAUGCCGACGAUCUAUUAGCUCCCCCGCCUAAAGCGACAAAAUAUUUCUCUGAACUGUCUGCCCUUGAAUACUUCAUUGUCCGCCAUGUCGCUGUUGUUUCCAUGGAGCCGCUGUUAGAAGGCCAUUUCAAUCUCGAGGAGCUUCUUGGGUUGAUAGAAUCGAGAAAACCAACGAUUUGGAAUAUUUUCAAUAAGGCAUUCAAAAACGAUGGCCGUAAAGGUGGUAAGAAGAAGGGAGUUUUCGGUGUCAAUUUUGAGCAGUUAGUCGAAAGGGACGGCACGGAAUCGACCCACGGAGUUGGACCUGGCACCCUUCGUAUUCCUACAUUCGUUGACGAUGCCAUCUCUGCUAUGAGGCAAAUGGACAUGUCUGUUGAGGGUGUAUUCAGGAAGAACGGAAACAUCAAGCGCUUGAAGGACACCGCGGACUUGGUCGAUACGAAAUACGAAACAGUGGAUUUGAACAAAGAGACCCCUGUGCAGGUUGCGGCGCUGCUUAAAAAGUUUCUUCGAGAGAUGCCAGACCCCCUUCUCACUUUCAAACUACACAAGCUGUUUGUUGUUGCUCAAAAGAUAUCUGACCCCCAGAAGCGAAGACGUGUUUUACAUCUCACUUGUUGCCUGUUGCCAAAAGCUCACCGCGAUACAAUGGAAGUCCUAUUUUCUUUCCUUGGGUGGACAUCAACAUUUUCACAUGUUGAUGACGAUACUGGAAGCAAAAUGGAUAUCCACAAUCUUGCCACGGUCAUGACUCCAAAUAUUCUUUAUUCCAACAACAAAACAGCUGGUGUAGAUGACAGUUUCCUGGCUAUUGAAGCUGUUACAUCAUUGCUUGAGUACAAUGACACCAUGUGUGAAGUGCCCCACGACCUACAAUCUAUUCUUAAUGAUACUUCACUCUUUAAUCGAGAUGCUGAGAUCACAACCAAAGAAAUUCUCAAACGCUAUGCCGAAAUCUCUAAAAUCCCUGCUCUUCAGCGCGCCCCUACUGGAAUCGAUUCGGCUCCUGCACGAUCAGGAUCAAACCGCGGAAGUAAUACACCAGUCGCAACAAGAAUUGAUGGUGAUCCAUCCCAAGCUACUGCUUGGCAGAUGCAAAGCUCCGUUCGACAUGUUCAGCCUCAGCAAGCUAAUGAUGGGUCUGAACUUCGCCCCCAACCACAGCCCAUUCGCAGCGAUAGUGGUGAUAGCUAUCAUAGCCAGGGUUACCAUUCAAGACAGCAGCAACAACAAAUGGCGUAUAGGUCUCGACAGCCUAUCGGACAGUCAGGCAUUUAA